AUGGCGCUCGCGCACACCUACCAGCCUAUUAUCGCCUCAAACGAAGACCGUCCAACCGCCCGCAAACGCCGCGCCAUCUACCUCCGUCCAUUUCUCCUCUUCUGGCUCAACUCUCUCUUUGCCGAAAUCAUCUUCCUCGCCGUCGGUGUCUUCGUCAUGACCGGCACGCGAGACCUCUUCUAUAAAGUCAUGUGGACCCUCGUCUUCUGUCCCCUGGGGAUGGGGGGCGCAAUGGGCGGUCUGAUCAAUUGCUUCGUUGUCGAUCACUACUACGGGAAAAAGGCAGCGCAUUUCACCGGCAUCUUGUCCUUGCUCAUCCUCAGCGCCUGCAACUAUCUUUGCUACAAUUUGGAUAGACACUUUGGGUGGUUUGGGGCCACUGACCAUCCGAUGUGGUUCCAUUGGCGGUAUCCGAUGAUCUGGGCAGUUGGUUAUGUGAAUGGGUUGCUUAUGUUUACGGAUAAAGGGCAGGAAAGGCUUGCUAAGAUGGGUUUGUAG